AUGCCAUUGCCUUCCCUGCCUGCAGAGGUCAGAGGCAUGAUCCUCGAAGCUCUGGUCAGAGAUGGCCGCGAGCUGGCGCCCCUUGCUACCGUGUCGCGGGAGUGGCAGGCAGUGAUCGAGCCACAGACAUUCAAACGGAUAAGAGUCACGCCGUCACGCAUCGCCGAGCUUGAUGACAUGACUCGUCGCAAUCGAUCUCAUGUACGGUACUUGUGGCUUUGCUUGGAGUUGGAACGCUACGGUUGCGACACCUGCUCACCUUGUCUUGACCAUGGUGAAGAUCCACUGUUCAACAGCGCCGCAGACGACCUUCUCAUCAAGACGGCCAUUCAAUCUCUUCUCUUCGUCCUGAGCACCUGGGAUCGAAGCAGCUCUUUGGCACUCGAUAUCAGUGUCUACUCAGUCAGUGAUCAAGAGCACUGGUUCAAGUAUCUCACCUUUGAACCAGAUGAUGAUGAAAACGAUGCUCCCGGGGAUCAAGGCUAUUCUUGUAUUACACGGGUCAAUCAGGCAGCUCCUGGCGUGGUUGACGAUCCGCGGCAUCGGUGGAAUACUACUGAUACUGAGAGCUACCUCGCGGCUCGGGCUGCUGUUCAAAAUGUCUUCACCCACAUUUUGGACAAUAUGUCAGACGAAUCCGACGAUGAGCAGAGGGAUGAUCCUGAAUGGUGGAGAGAAAUACCAGUGGUGCCGGCCAUCACGCGUCUGCUCCUGCGUCAACAAACCCGCCGGCGCUGGCAGCCUGAAGCUCUGGCUGGAUUGCUCGCCCGAUUUCCAAGAUUGUGUGAGCUGCACUUUGAACCAUGGAGGGAGUGGGAUGACUUACUCCAGAGUUACGCAGAUGAAAGUUACCUUACUCUCUUUCGGUCGCCUAGCAUUCAAAGGCUGAGUAGAUUCACCAUUUUCGAGAAUUUCAACGAGCGCUACGUGGAAGCUUACUGGGAGGGGGAUUGCUCCCGUAUUCGUCCACCAAAUUCUGAGCUUAGUCGAGUCCUCUACGCGGUCAGUGGCAAUCAUGAAUCUCUUUCAGCAUCCUUCGUGGUGGACGCAGAUGCUUUCUUUGCCUGGGACGAAGGUCAACCUCCAAAUAGGUGGCCCAAUCUGAGGCAUCUGUUCCUCACUUCACAGUUGUUGGCACCUGAUCAAGAUGAGGCACGCAUUACAAGUAUGCUACGAGCAGCAGCAAGAGCCGCUGUUUAUAUGCCGAAGCUCGAAACAUUGCAGAUAUGGAAUGGGCGAAGGCAUCUUGCCGCGCUCUUCAAGUAUGAGGCCGCCACAGAACAAGGUCAAGCUUCUACCAUCACUUGGAGGGGUACCUGGGAGUUUCUUUUGCCGGCUCCCGUCAUUCAAGCCUGGCAAUCUCUGGCCUCUGAGCCCUCGCCACUUGGACUGAGAGUCAUUUACGAAAGUAUUGGCGGUGACGAGGUACGAUGUCACGGCGAUGCGAUGCUCCUCCUAGAGCUUCCAGAGCUAGUCAUCCGACGUGUUUCGCUGCGACAGAUACUGAAUGAACAACUAUACAUACCACUGGAGGUGCGUUCAUCCCUUACGCGGAAGCCGAUGUUGUUUUUUGCAUACUGA